GGAUUCGCUCUCCUCUCGUGCAUGUGCGCACUCCUGAAAUCGUGCUCGUCCCUGAAAUCGUGCGCCGAGACAUCUACCGGAUGUGUAAUCAGGACGGAAAUGCCAGGUAACAAAUCAACGUGCAAGUCGCAAGGGGACGCCGCGCUCACUACUCCCUCCCACUCCCGCCUCCGCUCGCAGGCUAGCUCCCCACCACCUCUCAAACUGCUCUCGCUGCUUUCCUAGUGUUGCCAUUAUCAUUGGGAUGAAGUGUGCACAGGAAUGACGAGGAGGAGGAGGAGGAUAAGGAGGAUGAGGAGGUCCGCAAUGCUGGAUGUUUGACGCAGUGGUGGAGUGCGGACUGAAUUUCGCCUACUUUUGCAUCUGGGCUGGAUAGUUGGGGUGCGUUUCAGGCGGUGGAUGCGUAGGGAUCGCGAUCUCUUUGGAAUAGUUCUCUUGAUAACCUACUCGUUUGUGGAGAAGCCCCUGGGUUUGGCCUCGCCCGACACAUAUGCAUGAACUUCCUGGCACUCGAUCUGCAUUCCCGUAGACGUUGAAGGAGGUUUGAGACAAGGGAGAAAGCAGAGUUUGGGAGGCUUACGUACUUCAUCUCACGCUUCUUGUGGAACAGGUCUUUUUCACUAGUGUCUCCCACUUCGUUCGUAUUUAGAUCGACAUAUUUGUUGCCCAAACUUCAGGCUAAUUUUCAUCAGCGCCAGUUGUCCAAUCUCAGAGUCAUGCGGCAAUGCAGUUGUGCUUGUCAGUGGUUUCGAGGCAACAUUUAAAGCUUUAACACAAAUUCGGAUUCUCUCAAUGCUACCGCUCACCAAAAGGAGCCGGAAGAAUAAUACAGAAAUGUAGGAGUCGUGGUUGUUUUGGAGAACUUAAUCUGGGCCUCUACUUAAUGCGUAUCUGCACAAGCUUUACGUUUACAACUUUAGAGUGACAGGUUCUGGCGUUUUCUGUACUUGUCGAUGGUUUGGGUUCACCUCAUGACUUCGGUUCUUGGUGAUUUUUUCUCUGUCACGCGAACAAUUCUGAAUGUAGCUGAAAGUGUCUCAUUACCUUCAGCUUUCCUGAAAGAACAACGUGCUUUUGAUUAAGAACAGCCAGUCGAAUGGUCACGAGGAUUGGAGCUGAGAAUCGCUGUGAUAUAGAGCACAUGAUCCACACCAAGAGAUUAGUGGGAGCUGUGGACCCCAACCGUAAGCAAAGGGUACACAAUGCCGGCUCUGACGGCCUCGGGGAGCAUUGAACGACUCGACAUACUCAAUUUCAAGUCGCACAAGUGUCACCAGAUAAUUGGCCCAUUCAGUGAUUUUGCAGCAAUUGUGAGUGCCAAUGGAGCAGGUAGAAGCCAUCUGGUGGAGGCCAUCAGUUUUGUUCUGGGAGUGCGGUCGUUUCAGCUGCGGGGAGUGGUGCAGAGGGCCGGCUUGGACGACAGGGAGUUCGGGGAAUCGAGGGGGAAGAUUGCAUUUGUGAAGCUGGUUUACCGCACCGCAAGCGGCGAGGAAAUAAAGUUUGGGAGAGCGAUUACGGGCAGUGGCACGAGCGAAUACCGCAUCAACAACAUACCCGUGACAUGGGAAAUCUACAACAACACGAUGAAGGGCCUGGACAUUCUUGGAGAAGUUGACUCGGAUGGGUCCAGGGAAUUUAAGGAGCCGGGUUCCGAGCCUCAGCCCGCGUCAGUUCCGGACGAGCUGAAGAAGAUUCACGUGGAACUAGAGAUAGAGAAGGCACGUUCGGAGGAGAAGAUCCCCGCUCAUCAGAAGAGAAAGAUGUUCGCUGCAGAGAGGAAGCAGAAGAAGGAACAGAAAGAGUCGGAGGCGGAGAAGCAACUUAGACAUCAGAAAGAGCUUGAUGAGAGAGCUGCUGAGGUGAGAAUGGAGAUGGAAUGGUUAGCAUCUGCGGGCAGUGAGAGAGCAAAUUCCGACUUCGAGGCAUUGGGUUUGGAGUACGAGAGUCUCCGCGAGCAAGGAAAGUGGAUAGAAGAAGAGGCACUGAAAGUGAAAGCGGCUCGGAAGGCUGCAAUUGAAGCUUCGGACUUGUGGAAGGCUUCGAAUCGGCCGAGCUCUCGGCCGGCAUCUCCCAUGCCCAUGUCGAAAGAGGAUGAUGCCGCUUCGGACGCGUCCAGUGCGACCAAAGCUGCAGAUUUCACUAGCUCCAAGUCUCGCCCAAAUGACGUCAAGAAUGCGAAGGGCAGGAACGAGAUGAUGGGUCUUCCAGUAGUCAGCAUCUCUUCGAAAGGCACUUAUAACGAUCACAGGAUCGAAGAGCUGAACAGGGAAUACAGAGAACUUGUUGAAUACCAGUCGCAGAACAGAGAUGGAAAUGGAGCAGAGGCGUCACUAGAAUUGGAAAACAAGCACAAUGAAAGUGGGUAUUCAGGACUAGAGGCUGAGGAAAAAGUCGGCCAUGGAAGGCCCGCGCAUGCGGAAGGGUCUACAUGGGCGGAUGGUAGCGCUCGUGAUGCGCAAGCUUCGCAACGACUGAAAGAUUACGAUGGUCAGAUGUGGGGGUGUGAGGCAGAAGAGGAUGAAAUGGAUCCGGACAAAGACAGCCUGAGCAAAGCGGAAAUUCUGGCGGAGGAGUUGUAUAGAGAUGCUAUGGAGCUGCACGACAGAUUGGUCGCGGAAGCGGAGAUAAACGCCGGUGUUGGCAUUUGUGGGGUUGAUGGGAAAGGUCACAGUUGGAUCGCGGAGACGAAAGAGACAUGUGGUGCCAUAAUGUAUGCAAACAAUCACGCUCAGAAUGGGAGGUGUGGAACGAUGGGCGAAGAUAGUGGGUUGAAUUCGGCGGGGAGCAGCGAAUCGAGGUCCCUGUCUUUCUCGCAAACGUCACAAAGCAGUGACUUAGCGAAGGGUGAAAGCAGGAAUGGUGGCGAUCACGCGAUGGCCUCUAUGGUGGAGUUCAAGGGUGGAGAGAACGGAGGUAGUCCUAGGAGUGCCUUGGAGAAGGAGAUGGCGAGGCUGAGGGGGAGCAACAUGAGGAAGCAGCUGAAGAUUGAUUCGUUACAGAAGUGGAAGGCAUAUUACAAGUUGGAGUUGGAAGACAGGGAGCGGAAGUUGAGACAGAUCGAGGAACGAUACAGGCGGGAGCUGAAGAAAAGGGAGAAAGCCGUGCAGAAGGUGGUGAAGGCACACGCGAAGGACAUCGCAGUGCGAGAAUCCAAGCAGGAGGGGAUGGAAGAGAAGCUGAGAGGGGAGAUCAAGGAGCUGAACCGGGUGGUGGAGGAGCUGAGCGAACAGUUAUACGAGAUGGAGGAGCACCUGGCAUCGCGGGGAAUCCCCUACAAGCCUUCCGUGAACGAGAGCACAGGGCCGUCUUCCAAGACUCUUCUAUCUGCGGUGAUUGGCGUGAAGGAGGCUGCGCACACUUUCUCUCGGACGUUCAUGUCGCACCUUAAGCAGCAUUUGACGAAAGCUCGGGAUCUGGACGAGCAGAUCUGUUUGGAGUCGGAGGUGAUCGUGGCGAGGCCGUCGGACUAUAAGUUCUUGGUUCAGUCGUUCAUCUUGCGGCGGAUGUUCUUAGACUUCGACAGCGAAUGCUUCAACAUAGAGAGUUGCAUGACCGAGAUCUUCGACAUCGAGGAGCACUCGAAGUCGUGCUUUCAGGAGUACUUGAAGUACAGGACGGUCUCCGAGACGGUAACACUGCUGACGGACAAUCGGGCGCACAGCGGUUUCCUUCGCGAGUUCUGUUUCAAGAAGUUCUUGCACAUAGUGAGCGAGUCGACGGAGGAGGCGUUCUUUGGAGACUUCAACCACAGCGACGAAAUCUGUGCGGGUCGACACCCGUCGAGCCGGUUUUACGAGAGUUACUUGAAGCUGGCGGUGUCAGUGUGGCUGCUGCAUAGAUUGGCGUUCUCGUUUCAGCCACCAGCGAGGAUGCUAUCGGUGCGGAAGGGCUCGCAGUUCAACCCGACGUACAUGGAGUCCGCGGUGCCUGGGAUUUCAAAUGGCGAGAUUGUUGUGGAGGGGGAGGGAGGUGCACUUCCGUUCGAGGCACUGGUGGGGCUGAUGGUUCAUCCGGGUUUCCGAUGCGGCAGCAGCAUCAUUCCAGCGCAAGUGUAUUUGGUGACCACAUGAAUUAGUAGCGGGUCUGAUGAAGUUGCCGUCGCGAUUUUUGCAGAAUGCGGGCUUGCUAAGCAAGUCCAGAACCACGAGCCUCCGAACCAAUUAUAUGACAAAAGCUCACACAUAUCACGCCUUGCGCCGGUCAAGUCCACGAAUCAGUGACGCAGCACGCAUGCGCGGUAGGGGAGUAGGGUGGUGGCGCCUUGACUCCGUUCCACACAUGACUGCAAUGUCUAGAAAUGAGCGCGUCAUGGCCAAACUGGCAGUGGUUCUUCAAUUUCUGAAUAGCCUGUAGACUCCACCAACCUUGUGGCCGCAAUGCGAGGUGCUGUAUCGUAUGCUUUACAGACAAGCGCUCAACAUGCAAUCGGGGAUAGCUAGCUGCCUGUUAGACGAGCGAACCUGCGUUGUGGGGGCCAAGCAUUUGGCUCUUGCUUUCCUAUGGACAAAGCACGGCGUACCCAAGUGCUUUAGCGGAUGCACGCGGUGGAUGCGAAGCUCGCUUCAUCGUUCUGAUCUAGCGUAUCGCUCUGUGAUGAGACAAGUCGGUGACAGUCAAGUCGUUAGUUUUGGAGGCUUCCAAGGCGCCGCAAUCUGCCACACUGCUCUCCGUUUUAUAACUGCAAAUCCUACUCGAAGUUAAGAUUUGUUGUGGAGGUUUCGCCGAGAUCCGGUGCUCAAUAAUUGGAUGACAGUGGCAGUGGUUGCGAAGCGGAUUCUGAGUUAUGUCGGUGACAAGAUCUGUCAACCUUUGUAAAAGACUGCCACCGACUUGUCUCAUCACAGAAUUUAGUCAAGAAGUAGAUUUCUUAUCCGGAUGUACUCUAUUAUUUAUAUAUUUUUUAAAAAUUACUCACAUUACUCACA